GGGAAGGGGAGAGAGAAGAGAGAGGGAGAAAGAGAGAGACAGAGAGAGAGAGAGAGAGAGAGAGAGAGAGAGAGAGAGAGAGAGAGAGAGAGAGAGAGAGAGAGAGAGAGAGGGAGAGAGAGAGAGAGACAGAGAGAGAGAGAGGGAGGGAAGGGGAGAGAGAAGAGAGAGAGAGAGAGAGAGAGAGAGAGAGCUGCUCCUCUACAGCGCGCGGGGCUCGUGCAGCAUCAGAUAUGUGAGCGGCGGGAAGCGGCUCUGCCUCGCGCUGCAGGAGGACAGCAGGAUGGCGGGAGGACGGCGGGGUCUCGUGGCCCCUCAGAACACUUUCCUGGAGAACAUCGUCCGCCGGUCCAACGAUACCAACUUCGUGCUGGGGAACGCUCAGAUCGUCGACUGGCCGAUCGUCUACAGCAACGACGGCUUCUGCAAACUGUCUGGGUACCAUCGAGCCGAGGUGAUGCAGAAGAGCAGCACCUGCAGCUUCAUGUACGGAGAGCUGACAGACAAGGACAUGAGCGAGAAGGUUCGGCAGACCUUUGAGAACUACGAGAUGAACUCUUUUGAGAUUCUGAUGUACAAGAAAAACCGGAUGCCAGUUUGGUUUUUUGUGAAGAUCGCUCCAAUAAGAAAUGAGCAGGACAAGGUCGUCCUGUUUCUCUGCACCUUCAGUGACAUCACGGCCUUCAAGCAACCAAUCGAGGAUGACUCUUCGAAAGGUUGGGGUAAAUUUGCCCGUCUGACUCGUGCGUUAACCAGCAGUCGAGGAGUUCUUCAGCAGCUUGCUCCAGCUGUUCAUAAAGGAGAGAACGUCCACAAACACUCACGGCUGGCCGAGGUUCUCCAGCUGGGUUCGGACAUUUUGCCUCAGUACAAACAGGAAACCCCGAAGACGCCACCGCACAUCAUCCUGCACUACUGCCUCUUCAAGACCACUUGGGACUGGGUCAUCCUUAUCCUUACCUUCUACACCGCCAUCAUGGUGCCCUACAAUGUCUCCUUCAAGACCAAGCAGAACAACGUCACCUGGCUGGUGGUGGACAGCAUAGUGGACGUCAUCUUCCUUGUCGACAUCGUCCUCAACUUCCACACCACAUUCGUCGGGCCGGCCGGAGAGGUCAUCUCUGACCCGAAGCUCAUCCGCAUGAACUACGUCAAGACUUGGUUUGUCAUCGAUCUACUGUCCUGCCUGCCUUAUGAUGUCAUCAACGCCUUCGAGAACGUCGAUGAGGGGAUCAGCAGUCUCUUCAGCUCUCUCAAAGUGGUCCGUCUGCUGCGUUUGGGUCGGGUUGCCAGGAAGCUGGACCACUACAUCGAGUACGGAGCAGCCGUGCUGGUCUUACUGGUGUGCGUGUUCGGCCUGGCCGCCCACUGGCUGGCCUGCAUCUGGUACAGCAUCGGAGACUAUGAGGUGAUCAAUGAGGACACCAAUAAAGUGAGGAUGGACAGCUGGCUGUUCCUGCUGGGGGAGACGGUGGGGACGCCGUACAGGUUCAACGCCACGGGCACGGGCCGCUGGGAGGGGGGGCCCACAAAGGACUCAGUCUACAUCACCUCUCUGUACUUCACCAUGACCAGCCUAACCAGCAUUGGCUUCGGAAACAUCGCGCCCAACACAGACGGAGAGAAGAUCUUCGCCGUGGCCAUGAUGAUGAUCGGAUCGCUGCUGUACGCCACCAUCUUCGGUAACGUCACCACCAUCUUCCAGCAGAUGUACGCCAACACCAACCGCUACCACGAGAUGCUCAACAGCGUGCGAGACUUCCUCAAACUCUACCAGGUCCCCAAAGGCCUGAGCGAGCGGGUGAUGGACUACAUCGUUUCCACCUGGUCAAUGUCCAGAGGCAUCGACACUGACAAGGUGCUGCAGAUUUGUCCGAAGGACAUGCGAGCGGACAUCUGCGUCCACCUCAACAGGAAGGUGUUUAAGGAGCACCCGGCGUUCCGGCUGGCCAGCGAUGGCUGCCUGCGGGCGCUCGCCAUGGAGUUCCAGACCGUCCACAGCGCGCCGGGUGACCUCAUCUACCACGCCGGAGAGAGCGUGGACAGCCUGUGCUUCGUGGUGUCGGGGUCACUCGAGGUCAUCCAGGAUGAUGAGGUGGUGGCCAUUUUAGGUAAAGGUGACGUGUUCGGCGACGUGUUCUGGAAGGAGAUGACGCUGGCGCAGUCGUGCGCUAACGUGCGAGCGUUGACCUACUGCGACCUCCACAUCAUCAAGCGAGACGCGCUGCAGAAAGUCCUGGAGUUUUACGCCGCCUUCGCCAACCACUUCGCCAGGAACCUGGUGCUCACCUACAACCUGAGGAAGCGGAUCGUCUUCCGUAAGAUCAGUGAUGUGAAGCGUGAGGAGGAGGAGAUGUUGAAGAGGAAGAACGAGGCCCCUCUGAACCUCCCUCCGGAUCAUCCAGUCCGACGGCUCUUCCAGCGUUUCCGGCAGCAGAGGGAGGCACGGCUCGCCGGGGAGCGGGUCAUUCAGGUCUCCGGAGAUGUGGAGAAAGGUAUCGUUCCCCUGGAGCCGCCCAGAGGUCCGGAGGUCCUGGCCUCCACCAGUAUAGUCAUGGUAACUGAGAGUCCGGCCGCACCCACCACCUCUUCAACAUCCACCACCUCCUCUUCGUCCAGGACCUCCAGCCGGGUCAUGCUCCACGCGCCUGCCACCCAAAACGGAAACCUGAUCGGUUGCAAAUCUGCAGAGCCGCCGAAGGCUAAAGGCUGGGGACGAUUCAAAGAGUCGGUCGUGAAGGCCGAGUCGUGGAGCAGCGUCUCUAAGGCCGAGUCCAUGGAGACGUUGCCAGAUAGAACUAAGUCUCACGAUGAGAUGUCCCUCAAGAAAACCGACUCCUGUGACAGCGGCAUCACAAAGAGCGACCUCCGUUUGGACAAUGUCGGCGGCGCCAGAUCGCCGCAGGAACAAAGCCCGGUCCAGUCCGACGAGAAGAGGGUCUUCUGUCCGAUACCGGAGCAGAGCAUUCAGGCCUCUUUCGUCGAGCUGAAACAAGAACUACGAGGAGACAUCAGAUCUCUGAACAGUCGCAUGGCGGCGCUGGAGGCUCAGCUGGCUGAGAUGCUGCGACUUCUCAAAUCCAGGAAGUCGUCGGGUUCCUUCUUCGAGAUUUCAAGGCCUCCUUCCCCCGACUCCGAUAAGGACAGUCUCUCGUAAACUGGACGUGGAUUCCAGUCAGCGGGUAUUGAACCCCUUCCGCCUCCAGACAUCAGUGAGGAGCUUCUGACCACAGCGUUAGGCUGUGCUGGUGGCGGUGGAUGACAUCACACAGACAACAAAAGCACUUUGUUACGUUCGAAGCGUCUCUCUGCAAGACAGAUCACAGACUAUAGAAAGACAUUUAUGAUGGCACCUUUGGUCCUCAGGAGGGUUUGGAGACCUUCACAUGAUAUCGGCAAUAAUAACAGACGGCUUUAAUGUUUUUGGCACUGUGAUUGAAGGAGGUUGUGUUCUAAGGGUUGUUUUAGUCUCAUGAGGUCUGGUCCACAAAGUCUGUUCAGAACCUCUGAAGGAUCAACUCUCGUUGGGUCUGCACUCGCAAUCAAAACACGGUUUACACACUUGUAAUACACACAAAUGACAGCAGUGUUUUAUUUAUGGUAAUAUGCAAUUUCUUUCACUAGGGGGUCUCUCACAUCAAAACAACAACAAAAUAUGAAGUGUGAUGAGGUGAGCAGCGUGAGAUCAUGGGAGUUGUUGUCUUCACCACCAUUGCAGUCAUUGCAGUCAGCUUCUCCCGGUUACGAUUCCUUCAGUGUUCAUGGUUCAGGAGGUUUCUACCGGGAGCCCAAUGAUCCACAGAGGUCUCCUCCUCUCCAAAACAAACAGACCCGCUGACUAAAACGUAAAAGACGAUGGUGUCCUCCUGUAUAGGUUUGUGUUUCUGAUACAGCUGUUUGACUUCAUAUCACAGCACUGCUCUGUGAUUGGUGUCAAUCAAAAGACAAACUAAUCAGGAAGCUGUUGAACUCAUUAAAGGACAUUGUGGACCAGACUUCCAGGUCAUGGUCAGUUUCCCUCUAAGAAUUUGGAAUUUAUUAGAGAAAAAGGCGUCAGAACGUCUCAGCUUUCCUGCAGAGUAAACUGUGUGCAGUGAGGUUCCAGAGUGAGUGGGAGAGAUUUAAUGCAGCCCAGUGAAAAUGAGGCACUGAAUGUGUCUGAUGUUUAAUUCCUGCACAGAGCUGGACAUUUGACUGGUUAGUCUUUUAGUUUUUAUUAAAAAAGGAAAACUGUGUAUGCAUGUUUCCAUGUUGGUGAGUUUCCUAUGGAAGCCAAUUUCUGCCAAUGUCACAGGAAAAUAAAAUUCUCAGUAUUUUGAAUUAGUAUCUCAAAAUAAUGUCACAAUGGUAGAAAUGGGCUUCCAUAGUUUUCAGUUCUGAAUGGAGCCAACGAGCUUAAAACAUCCAAACACAUCAGUAAUCAGAUUCACAUGUUGGAUGGUUCCUAUGACCUUCCACAGCCGACCUUGUGCGUGAUUAGUCAAAAUGACUAAUUAUUAUUUUUAUUAAUGAAGAACGCUGGUUAAUGUCAUCUUUACUAUCCGGGGAUUCAGCCCCUGCAGGCGGCUGCUCCCCCACAAACAAAUCCGUUUUCUUACUUUUAGACGAGUCAAGUUCGUUUAACAGACGGUGAAAUGUGUCGCCGGGAACAUCCCUAAUAUUAAACACAGAUCAGAGGUUCACACAGGAUGGAGAGAGGGUCUCAUACGCAGUAAUUUCUCUGUUAGUGACCAGUUCAGUGGUUUUAUCUUUUGGUGAAGAGUGGAAACAUUCAGCAUUUCUUUGUUUUUGCUACAUCCAAUAUGAAACGACCAUCGGUCAUACAUGAUGAUUGUACAGGAGGUACAUCAGUGUGAGGAGGUUGUAUAAAACCUGUUCAACCUAAGAGAACCGAAACUUGUAGUUGAGACAUCUGAGGCGGCUGGAUGAAGCCUGGUUACUGAAAACAGCCGCCUGUGACGGCACCCACAUAUCACUCAAAGCAGCCACGCCCUUAAUUAUGCAUAACUUUAAGCCUUAAUAUGAUUUAAAGGGGUGAAUUGAACAGUUGUCAUCAACGGGAAAAUUAGCUCUAGAGACCAAAAAUGUUUUUGUACCUGGCUGUAGACACAUUUAUUUCUGCUGUAAAGUUGGACAUUUUAAUAUGGGGCCUUAUGAAGACUGACUCACUGCUGUAGCCAGCCUCCAGUGGCCGUUAGAGGAACUGCAGGCUUAUUUGCCACUUGGUCGGCGGUCACAACAGACAAUAAAGCCCCAGGAGAGCUCUGAUAAAUCAUUCUGGUUUGUCCACUACUCACUCAUUAGCUUUAACAUCUUCAUCUGUGCCUCCAUCGAAGUUCCAGAGCUUUCUAUCGCAGUAAACCUCAAUAAUAAGUUCUCUGAAACGGUUUCACUGGUCUCUCCCUCCUCCAGUCAGCCAGUCAGGUUUACAUCUCGCCCACUACAUUUUCUGGACACCUACUGGUCCGACACCACAGUCUGAAUUAACUUUUUUACAGUCGUCUCUAAGAUCGUUGGAAACACCAACAGAGACUGUUUUGGUGAGAUUUUUUUUUUUUCUAUCCACUUUGAAUGAAGAUGUUACGAUGGGAAAAUUAGUGUUUUUGUCUCUGGAGUCUGGUGGAGAGUGAUAGUGAUAUUACGGCUGUUUCUGGUUAAACUAAAGAUCUAUCUCUGUAGAAAUCUUUUGCAUAAGGCUGUCAGAAUUUGAUGAUUUUUAUUUUGUUUAAAGUGUUUUUUAUAAUUAUCUGCAAGGUAAAAUGACUGGUUUUGUCUAUGGAGUCUGGCCUGAGAUGCCUCCAUGCUGUAGUGCGACAUCGAAUGGCUUUGAAUGUCGUAUAUUUAACCACAUUAAUCCUGAAAAUCAGCAUUCAGACUGAAAUCCGAAUAAGUGAAAUGAUCUCCUGUCUUUGUAUUUGUUGAGAGAAGUUGAGGUUUUGUCCAAACAAACAUCUGAAUGUAGGACAAACAUGGCGUCCGCGUUCAUGUGGAGUUUAGUUUUUUUUUAGCUAACUUCCAACAUCAUUUAAAUGCAGAAUUUAAGCAAGCCAGAUUGAUAAUAUAAACUAUAACCUAUUUCUUUUAAUAUAUAAAAAGUUGAGUGUCAUCUGCAAAUGUGAUAACAAACCAGAAUUAACCUCAAAUUCUGUCGGAUCCAUUCACAACUGAAAACUAGCAAUGAAACAUCUGCAGCAUCAGGACACAUUUGAUGCUUUAUUCCUUCUAAUCAGAUGAAAUCUAGUCUAAAAUGUCACCUGAGAAGACAGAGGAUAAGAAGUACGUUUGUCUUGUGUACUCUGCUGUAGCUGUGAUAUAAUGUCUUAAUAUGCAAUUAUUGCCAUGUAUGUACUGAGAGGCCGGUUGUUGUUUGUGGCCGCCGGCGUCCACACUGAUGCACUUUGGUCGUUUGUCGUCUCUGCAUGGCGUGUUUUUAUUUUCUUUUAGAGGAAAGACGGAGACUGAGCUGACUUUGCCUUGCUGCUUGAAUAUCUCUUAGGUUUCAUUCUCUCUAAACUUUACUACCUUCUGCUGUCGGUCACGUGUAUGUAACGACCACCGUCUGUGCAUGAAGAGCACCUCGAUGUUACAAUGGUACAAAGUCUUUGUCGAUAUCACGUAUGCACUGUUUCGGAAAUUCACAACUUUAAGGAAAAGCUUGAGAGAAGACUUGUUGUAACCACAGAUAUAUAUUCUUAUUUCUGUUCUUCACCUAUUGUCAGGAAUGGAAACUAUAUCAGCACAAAGACCAUUUAUAAAAAGAAUCACAUGUCAAUAAAUGAUUUUAUACUUUCUA